AUGAUUGAAAAAUAUGAGAUUAUGUUGUCAGCAAAGAAAGGAGAAAUAGGUGUCAGAAGCAUAGAAUUUCUCAAAAUGAAUUUUGAAAAUGGUCAGUAUUAUCCUAGACCACAUAUUGCAGAAGAAUUGCUCAAAUUUGCAGAAGAGAAUCUCACAACAAAGCAAAUUCAGCAACUUUUGGGGAUUGCCAAUUAUCUUAGGGAUAUUAUCUCUCAUGUGUCUAAUCACACCAGCCAGCUAUCCAAACUUCUAAAAAAGCAUCCUCCUGUGUGGGGAACAGACUAUACUUUAGCUGUCCAAAUUCUCAAAAGAAUUGCACAGCAUCCACCUCCUUUAAAGAUUCUUGACAAGGGAUUGCGCACUACUAUAAAAUGA